UCGCAUACCAAAACCUACGUCCGCUUACGGUAUCCGUUUAGCUAGCUCCCAGGCAGCGAGCAAUGGCUUCCGGUCAGCAGGAGAGGUCGGAGCUGGACCGCAUGGCCCGCGAGGGGGAGACCGUCGUCCCCGGCGGCACCGGUGGGAAGAGCCUCGAGGCGCAGGAGCACCUCGCCGACGGGCGCAGCCGCGGCGGGGAGACUCGGAAGGAGCAGCUCGGGGAGGAGGGGUACCGCGAGAUGGGGCACAAGGGCGGGGAGACUCGCAAGGAGCAGCUCGGGGAGGAGGGGUACCGCGAGAUGGGGCGCAAGGGCGGGCUGAGCACCAUGGAGGAGUCUGGUGGCGAGCGCGCCGCCAGGGAGGGCAUCGAGAUCGAUGAGUCCAAGUUCAAGACCAAGUCCUAAGUAAUGUAGGUCAAGAUGUCCCAGUGUCUAGCUGAGUAGCUAGCUAGUAGUGAGCAAGCUGUCUGCUCAUGUUUGUAGUAAUGAAUAAUGUAGGUGAAGGUCAGGUCUUGACAUGACGAGAGCACGCACGUAGGCGAUCGCAUGUACUGUGAUCAUGUGUGCGUUAGGUGUCUUAGCUUGUAGUAGUGACCAUGUGUUCUUCAGGUGUCCUAGCUUGUAGUAGGUG